AUGUCUUGCUGUGGAGGAAACUGCGGCUGUGGCUCUAACUGCGGCUGUGGCAACGGCUGCGGAGGGUGCAAGAUGUACCCAGACUUGAGUUACUCGGAGGCUGCCGCCCCUACGGUGGCCACCGUGCUGGGCGUCGCCCCUAAAAUGACAUAUGCUGAUGGAGGGGAGUCCAUGGAGUCGGGGGCAGAUAACGGCUGCAAGUGCGGCGACAACUGCACCUGCAACCCGUGCAACUGUGAAGGAAGGAGACGCAGUGUAAGGAGGCAAUGGCGAAGGAGGCAUUUUGAGUCUUUGAGAAGCCGUGAAGGAGAUGAUUUCACUAUUUCUCAUCAAUUUGGGGCAAUACACUCUCGCACGCCUGGUUUGCUUCCUCUCCAGCGGGGCGUACCCCGCGACAUCGUUCGUCUCUUGGGUGGUCUUGGUGCCAUGGCAGUCGGUGGGUUGGAGGCGGAUUGUUUGUCAUGCAUUGAGUAUUGUCUGGCCUCGACAUUGCUUUGCAGUUUUUGGGUUGCGGCUGUCGAAUUUCAUGGUGGGGGAGGGCGGUGGAGCGGGUCUCCUAGGGCUGCUGUGGUGUUCAACUUUGGGUUGGUUUUGGGUCUGUCGGCUCAGGUUGAGUUAGCCGUAGUUACAUCGUACCAAUCACGCCACAAAUCGGCCAUCUCGGCCGUCCAUUACUUAAUCGACGGUCGUCAUCAACCCUGGAAAGAUCAGCCUUCAGUAAAACGACAGCGUUUUAACAAGUGGCUGAACAUGGAAAUGUGCCGUUUGAGGUUCAAACUUCUGUCCCUAACGGCCAUGUUUGGGUCGUCACGUGCCGUUGGAGCAGCAGUCGUGUUCGCCAAUCGUCGACCUAACAGCGAACAAACGGCGCCGUCACGAACCCCCUUCGGACUAAUGGCAGAGGUGAAACCUGAUGAUUUAUUGCUUAAGCAUAUGGAAUCUGUGGCUGCCUCAAGCUCGUCGGUUUCAGAAAACAGCAGCAGCGUUGCGGUGAAAUCUCCCGGGAUAAGCAGUCCAUCAAGUACUUCUCCAGCUCAUAGAAGAACUACAGGCCCAAUUAGAAGAGCAAAAGGAGGUUGGACACCAGAGGAGGAUGAUACAUUAAAAAAUGCAGUUGCAGCUUUCAAAGGGAAGAGUUGGAAGAAAAUAGCUGAGUUCUUUCCGGAUAGAUCAGAAGUGCAGUGCUUGCAUCGAUGGCAAAAGGUUCUGAAUCCAGAACUUGUCAAAGGUCCCUGGACUCAAGAGGAAGAUGAGAAAAUCAGAGAACUGGUUGCAAAAUACGGGCCUACAAAAUGGUCUGUCAUAGCAAGGUCAUUGCCAGGUCGCAUUGGGAAACAGUGCCGUGAGAGGUGGCACAAUCAUUUAAAUCCCCAUAUUAAGAAGGAUGCUUGGACGUUGGAGGAAGAGCUUACUCUGCUUAACGCUCACCGGGUUAAUGGAAAUAAAUGGGCUGAAUUGGCUAAGCUGUUACCUGGAAGGACGGAUAAUGCAAUCAAGAAUCACUGGAACAGCUCUCUGAAGAAGAAGCUAGAUUUCUAUCUUGCCACUGGUAAUCUUCCUCCAGUUGCUAAGAAUGCCUCCAUAGAAGGUGCCAAAGAAAUCGAUAGGACCACCACUUCAGAUGGCGAACUGCGUCUUAAUCCAACUAAAUCAGAUUCAGCCAUCUUGGCCUCAACAGAAACUACCGAUUCAUAUAAAAUUCAGGAUGGUAAGGAUAAUAAUAACCAUCCAGAGGCCAUGACCAAAGAUCACGAUAUUACCAAUCUUGAUACCGAACAGCAAGGACCAAUACCAUUAGAAGCUGAAACAAAUCAUUCAGAUGUGGAAUCUGAGUUUGAGAAGUGCAGAAUAAAUCGAAAUGUUGAUGAAAACCAAAUUAUUGGAGCAAAUACUCCAUUACGUGGCACACUGUACUAUGAGCCACCAAAUAUAGAUGAUUGCAGUCAGCUGGAUUCACAUCUUGCGAAUAUAUCAUUGAUACGUUCGGAAUUGGAUUUUAGCCUUAUUUCUAGUUCUAGGUCACCCAUGCUUCUUUUCACUCCACCGAGCUCAAACUGUAGAAGGCCCUGCGCACAAACUCCGGAAUCUAUAUUGAAAAUUGCGGCAAAGAGCUUUCCAAAUACACCAUCCAUAUUAAGGAAAAGAAAGUCCCAACUGGAUCCAAAGGAAAGCGCCGUAUCUAAUGGUGAGCAUAGUAGUGAUAUUAUUAAUAGUUGUAAGAGAAGUGGGGAAAAAGAUGGUACUACGGAGCUUGCUUGGGAUGACGAUGACAGGUUAAGCAGCUACAAGUCGUUUAAUUCAUCACCUCCGUAUAGAUUGAGUUUCAAGAGGACUUCGGGACUUAAAUCAGUCGAGAAGCAGCUCGAUUUUGCUAUUACCGUAGAGCAAGAGUGUAAGGACCAGAAUGCAAAAUCUGGAGAGGUAGGGGAAGAGGAGGUUAAGGAGAUCCCUCCUGCAACAAAGUUUGUCUACACGCGUCAAAGACGAGGGUAA